CCUUUCCCCAAUCAUGGCUACCGAGAGCUCUUUGGAAACCCUGCAACGAGAGCUCACUUGCUCCAUCUGCCUGGGCUUCUUCAAAGAGCCCGUCUCCAUCGACUGCGGGCACAACUUCUGCCAGGCGUGCAUCACGCAGUGCUGGGGGAGAUCGGACGACGAGAACACCUCGUGCCCCCAGUGCAGGCGCUGGUCUCGCAAGAGGAGCUUCAGGCCCAACCGGGAGCUGGGCAACGUCGUGGAAGUCACCAAGCGGCUGAGGCUGGAGGCGGCCAACGCGCUGGCGGGCCAGCGGCUGUGCGAGAAGCACCAGGAGCCCCUCAAGCUCUUCUGCGAGCAGGACGAGACGCCCGUCUGUGUCAUCUGCAGGGAAUCGCGGGCUCAUAAGGCCCACCCCAUGCUGCCCAUCGAGGAGGCGGCGCAGGAUUACAAGAAACGAAUUGACACCCACGUGAAAGCUCUGAAGUACAGGAGAGAAAAGCUGAAAGAGUCGAAAGAAGACUUGGAGUGCAGAAGCCAGGCUGAUCAGGAUGAUGUGCAAACUGAGAAGCAGAAAGUAGAGUCCGAAUUUAAUCAAAUCCACGAAUUCCUGGAGAAGAUAGAGCGUUUCCUGAUUAUUAUGCUGAAGAAGUUUGACAAAGAGAUUGUGCAGCGGAGGGAUGGGGCUGCGACCAAACUCUCAGAGGAGAUCACUCGUCUGGAUACCUUGAUCGUCGAGGUGGAGGAGAAAUGCCAACAGUCAGCAAGUGAAUUCCUGCAGGACAUCAGGAACAUUUUGAACAGGUGCCAGGAUGGACAGCUGCCACAACUUGUGACAGUUCCUUCGUCUCCGACUGACCUGGAAAAAAAACUUGGGCAUUUCAGUCUGAAAAAUAUUGUCAUCAAGGAGGCUUUGGAGAAAUGUCGAGAGACAAUGAUAUCUGAAUUGGCAAAAGCAAGGGCAAUGGAAACGGCAGCUAAGAAAGCCAUCGUAACUCUGGACCCCAACUCAGCUCAUCCUGUAUUUGUGAUGAGUGAAGACAGGAAGUGCGUGAAGCAGGGAACUGUGUGGCAGCAGCUGCCUGACACCCCUGAGAGAUUUGACACCGCCACCAUUGUGCUGGGCUGCGAAAGAUUCGCCUCAGGGAUACACUACUGGGAAGUGGAAGUGGGGGAUGGGCAGAACUGGGCUCUUGGUGUCUCCUGGGAGUGUGUGAAGAGGAAAGGGGAUAUUGCCAUUAGCCCUGAGGAGGGGAUCUGGGCUUUGGGGCUCUGUGGGGAUGAGUAUAAGGCUUUUACUUCACCUGAGACAUGCCUCACCCUAGAUGACCCCCCAGAGAAAAUCCAAGUUUUUCUACAUUACGAGAGAGGUUGGGUGGCAUUUUUCGAUGCGGAUUAUAUGUCCCUGAUCUUUAUUUUCCAGUCAGCUAAAUUCCAAGGAGAGAAAGUAUGUCCUUUCUUUAAAUUAUACAGUCCAACUACAGAGCUUAAACUGUGUCCCUGCCAAUGGAGGCGCUCGCCGGAAGGGUAUCGCCUGCGUCCUAGGCCGGCCUCUGGUUCAGACGCGCGGUCGGACGGCGGCAGCUGCAGCAGCGCUACCAUGAGCGGGAUGUCGGCCGAGCAGCUUUUGCAGCAGCGGCUCCUCCGUAGCCGUCUGCGGAGCGCGGCGCAACAUCUGGGCGGCGGCCCGCCGCCUCAGCCGAUGCUGCCGCCGCUCUCCCCGCCUUCCCCUCCCGACUCCCCUCCUCCAGGGACGACACCGGCCGAAAUCCCCGCCGGGCCGCGCUGCCCGAGCGAGACGUGGUGCUCUCUGUGCCGCGUGUAUUGCCCGGAGCCCGUGUGCCUGCCUUGCGGGCACAACUUUUGCACGGGCUGCAUCGGGCAGCGCCUCGGAGAGCCCAAGAUCAACAUUUCCUGUCUCGAGUGCGGCGCCACGGCCCGCAAGCGGAAUCUCCGGCCUAUCAAGCCGCCGCCGUUGCUGGGCAGCCUCGGGGUGGACCGAGCCAAGCGGCAGAGGCUGGACUCGACGGGAGGAGUCGGUGGAGUAGCAGCAGCAGCAGCGCCGGCCGUAGUCCCGCCGCCGCCGGUAGCGCCGCCGGUAGCGCCACCGGCAGCAAGUGGAGCAGCCCCGGUAGCGGUGGUAGCAGCAGCAGCAGCAACCACCACCGCAGCAGCAGCGCCACCGCCGCCGCCUCUCCCGCUGCUGUCUUUAGCCCCGACCCCGCCGACGCCUCCCACGCCGAAGCCCCCAUCGCCGCCUCCCUCCCCAGCACCAGCGGCGGCGAAAAGGACACCAGCGCCCCUGCUGUUGUCGCCGACUUCGACGGUAGGUGCAGGAGAUGCGAGCGGAGGGCGGCUGUGCGAUAAGCACCGGGAGGUGCUCCAGUUUUUCUGCGAGGAGGACGAAGCCCCGAUCUGCGCCCAUUGCGACAGGUCCCAGGAACACCGAGCUCACUCCAUCUUCCACGUCGAGAGAGCAGCCCGAGACUACAGGGAGCAGGUUCAGACACAACUAGAGAAUCUGAAGCAGGAGAAGAACUUGCUGUGGAAUCAGAAGCUGAGUGAAGAGAAGAAAAUCGAGGAGUACUUGGACAAGGCCCAAGCCGAGAGACAGGAGAUUAUAUCUGAAUUCGAGCGCCUGCGCCAGUUUCUGAAAGAUCAGGAACAACAGCUCCUAACCCGUCUGGAGGAAUUAGAUAAAGAGAUAGAGAAGCGGAAAGAAGAAAGCAUCGCCAGGUUCUCGGAAGAGCUUUCCCGUCUUGGUGAACUGAUCACUGAGAUGGAGGUGAAAAGUAAGCAGCCAGCAAGUGAAUUUUUGCAGGACAUAAAAAAACUCCUGAGCAGAUGUGCGACAGGGCAGUUUCAGCUUCCUGAAGAAGCCUCUCCUAACUUGGAAGAGAGACUGGGUGACUUCUCUCAGAAAAGUACAGCUCUGAAGAAAACUUUGGAUAGAUUUCAAGAUCAUGUGAUUGCUGCUGUGGAGAAGGCGGAGAUUGCAAAAACUGUGAACGAUAAAGCAGAUGUGAUUCUUAAUCCAGAUGUUUCAAGUGCUCUUCUGUCUUUGGACCAAAGAAGCAUGGGAUAUGAAGGGCCCCAGCACAAGCUGCCUGCCUUACAAUACGUUCCUGACACCCCCAAGAGAUUGGAUUCCAGGGCUUUGGUUCUGGGCUGUGAUGGUUUUACCUCUGGGAGAUAUUUCUGGGAGUUGGAAGUGGGUGAUGGGGACUUCUGGGCUGUAGGGGUCACCCGUGAUCCAUCGGGAAAGAAGGGGAUGAUGAACUGUAGCCCAGAGGAUGGGAUUUGGGCCGUGGGGUUGUGGAAGGGCCAACACUGGGCGCUCACGUCACCCGUGACUGCCCUAUCCUUGUGCAGCCGCCCCAAGAGGAUCAGAGUGUCCCUCGACUAUGUAGGCGAGUGUGUGACCUUUACCGACGGUGACACGGAGGACCUGAUCUUCACAUUCCCACCAGCCUCUUUCAAUGGGACACGUACCCAUCCUUUACUGUGGGUGGUGGGGUUCCCAGCUCAGACUGUGUUUCUGAGGCGUAUGGGGGUAAAAUAUCCAACUGGAGUUCACGAAAUGGACAUCUUGAGUCCCCCUACGUUCAACUGUAGAAAAGACUGGCUCAUCGCCUUUGAAGGAAUACUUGGCGGGGUCUCCACGAAGGCGUGUCUGGCAGUCUUGGGGGGAAAACUUCCUGUUCGUCGGAAAAAUUUUGAAACUCAGGAAAACGAAACUUAUCCACUGGUUUCUGCGCAGACAGCCAUGGCUACGGCUAGCCCAGCAAAACGGCUUCAAAAUGAGCUUUCUUGCUCCCUCUGCAACGAUUAUUUCAUGGAGCCGGUGUGCAUACACUGCGGGCACAGUUUUUGCCAGGCUUGUAUCACUCGUUUCUGGGGGGAGCAGGAGACCGAUUUCUGCUGUCCUCAAUGCGGAGAAGAAUCACUGACCAGAGAGUUAAGACCCAACAAGGAACUAGGAGUCAUCGUCGCGGCAAUAGCCAAGCAGAUGAAAUUCGAGAUCAUCGAAAGUGCCGGCGGGGAGAAAAUGUGCGGGGUGCACCAGAAACCACUGACGUUCUUCUGCAAAGAUGAAGGAAAGCUGAUGUGUCCUAGCUACGCCGGAGCCGAGGAAUGCGCGACCCGUAUUUUAGUAUCUGCGGAGGAGGCUGCAGAAGAUUACAAAGAAAAGUUAGAAGGUGAGAAACAAAAGAUUGUGUCCAAAUUUGAGGAGCUGCAAAGAUUUCUGAAACAACAAAAGGAAGGUUUGCUAGACCAGUUGGAUGAGCUUGCGAAGAAGCAAGAAAAAAUUGCUACCAGGCUCUCCAGUGAGAUCUGUGUUUAUGACACACUCAUCCAUGAGGUGGAAAAGAAGUGUAAGCAGCCAGCAAGUGUGUUUCUCCAGGAUGUUGGUGAAACUUUGAGCAGAUGCAAGAUAUGGGAAUUUCAGCAACCACUGGAUAUUUCUCCUGAGCUGGAAGAGAAGCUUUGUGCCAUCUCCAAAAACUACCUUAUUAUGCAGGCAACAAUGGAAGAAUUCAAAGUAAAAGUCACCCUUGAUCCAGACACGGCUCACUCCAGUCUUAAUGUAUCUGCUGAUCAGAAAAUUCUGAGACGGGGAUGUGGUGAAUCGGAGUUGUAUCCUCAGCGUUUUACAGAAGCUUCAUGUGUCCUGGGCUGUGAGGGAUUUGCUUCAGGGAGACAUUACUGGGAGGUGAAGGUAGGAGAGGAGGCAUCUUGGGCUGUGGGGGUAGCUAGAGAAUCUGUGGAUAGGAAGGAAGAACUCAAGCUAAAUUCAAAAGAGGGUAUAUGGGUUAUGAGAAAGGAACCAAAGUUCUGGAUAGAGCCUGCACGUUUAAGUGCAGGUGGCCUCACUUUAAACUCUGUUAUUCCUAAAACAGUUGGUGUUUUUCUGGACUACAGAUUAAAGAGGGUGAUGUUCUUUGAUGCUAUUCAAGGAACGGCUCUGUACACUUUCCGUUCAUGCUCUUUUAAAUAUGAAAAAAUCCGUCCUUUCUUUUGGUUGGGGAAGCCAUCAUGGAAUUUAAAAGUCACCCUUGAUCCAGAAACGGCUCACUCCAAUCUCAAUGUAUCUGCUGAUCAGAAAAUUCUGAGACAGGCACUUGGUGAAUCAAAGUUGUAUUAUCCUCAGCGUUUUAAAGAAGCUUUAUGUGUCCUGGGCUGUGAGCGAUUUGCUUCAGGAAGACAUUACUGGGAGGUGAAGGUAGGAGAGGAGGCAUCUUGGGCUGUGGGGGUAGCUAGAGAAUCUGUGGAUAGGAAGGAAGAACUCAAGCUAAAUUCAAAAGAGGGUAUAUGGGUUGUGAGAAAGGAACCGAAGUACUACCGGACAGAGCCUGCACGUUUAAGUGCAGGUGGCCUCACUUUAAACUCUGAUACUCCUGAAACAGUUGGUGUUUUUCUGGACUACAGAUUAAAGAGGGUGAUGUUCUUUGAUGCUAUUCAAGGAAUGGCUCUGUACACUUUCCAUUCAUGCUCUUUUACAUAUGAAAAAAUCCGUCCUUUCUUCUGGUUGGGGAAGCCAUCAUCGAAAUGUAAGGCUAAGGAGGAAUGUUAUAUUCAGUUAAGUGCCUGA